AUGGAAGAUUACUGCGACCAUCGGCAGGUCUUGAACGUUUUAUUUCAUCAGCAAGAGCCUGAGAUCUUCGAAUGCGCACAUCAUCGGCAUGGCCAUCAAAGCAAGCAGUGUAUGUUGCCGGGAAUAAUGGUGGAGGUACGAUGAAUAUUUGGCACGACCGUAACCAUCUCCUACGAAAUUUUUUUGCAGAUUCUCGCUCUAGUCGCCAAGAAAGGCCGGUUCAGAUUGAACUUUACAAUUGAUCCUGCCGAGACGUAUGACUAUGACGACACAUGUCAACGUCUAAACAACGAUAAGAUUGACAUCUUUGGGUUCACCGUCAGACCAACUCAGCGACUCCAACAGUCUUGCGAUUUUAGCGCUUCGUUGUAUAUGGUAGGAGUUCUCGUGCAUUCAUGGCAUUUAUCAGUCUGUCGGGAAAAUAAUGUGGAUUCAUCGAGCCUGGAAUUGUCCAUCUUCGCUUUGAGACGGCUAGCGGAGAUUUGGUGCGAUAGGGCGAGACAUACAUACUGCAGCGAUAAAUCCACAUUAUUUUCCCGACAAACAAUAUAUUCCUGCAUAAAUAAUCUGCUGUAGAUGCGACCCCGCAUAUUUCUAAAAGCCGUCGACGCAAUUGGCCAAGGCUGGUGGAAUUUGGUGAUGGUUUAUGAUCGGUAUACUUGGAUGAUCAUGUUACUUUCGGUUCUAUUGCAAUCUUCUUUUAUAUACGUUGUUUAUUGCUCGGAAAUUCGGUUGCAUCUUAGGAAGCGUGUAAAAGGCCCAGAUGUAAGUGAUUUUCACACCAAACAAUCGUUUGGGAGGAAUACUUAUCAUUCCCUCCUUAUACAUUAUAUUAUAUCUUAUAUUACUUCAUGUUCAUUGCAGGUCAUCUGGAAGGUCGGUCGUCUUCAGCUCUUCCAGCCUGAGCCUUUUUAUUUCAAGCUCCGGUCCGGAGCAUGCUCGAUCUCGCUAUUCGCCCUGUUCCAGGGCUCAUUGAUGCUGGGAAUUUACUCUUCAUGUUGCUUGUCAGCGCUUAUUCGACAACCAAACUACAAUGAAAUGCGCAGAGAGUCGUAUGUCUACGACCAACUGAGGAAAGGAAAGAGGAAACUGCUGUCGUGGGGACCGCUCUACAAAUUUAGAGAAAGGAUUUUCAAUAGGACCGAGCAAGCGUACCUGGAGUUACAGAGGGCCGUGGGAAGCCAUGGACUGGAGAGUCAUUGGACAACAGACUGUACGUCUCCGAGGAAUAUUAUAUAUCUGUAUUUACAUGAGUACAGCAAAUGGCUCAAUCAGCCUUUCUCCUACCGUGCCGGGUAUCAAUAGUUUCCUCGUAUUGAUUCCUGUUUAAAGUAGAAGGCAUGUACAGGGUGUUUCAAGAAAUUUGGAACAAAUGAUUUGCUUAUAUCUUUGUGUUCUUUGAAGCUAUCAACGAAUUUCUUUUUGGUUCUAAAAAUUGACAGCGUGCGUUUUUAGAACCUCAAAAAUUUUUUUUUUUCGUCGGCGGAGGGCCCAUUUCUCGGCGUAGAAAAUUAGGGCCUUUUUUAAAAAUCACAGCGUAUUACGUGGCGGAAAGGCCGUUGCAACGGCUGAAAUCAAGUUUACGUAAUACCUCCAUCGAUUUUACGGUAUGCUUUUUUUUGCGUUUUCGAUUUUACGCACUUCCGCGGAUGCGCGGCGGAGACCUCAGAUUUCGGCGGACGUUGUUUUGGGCCUUCGGCUGUUGCAAUUCAUGUUGGAAAAGAUGUUGUGGUGAUUUUUUGUUGUCAUCCGAUGCACAGAUGGCAAAAAUUUCGUGCUUUUUUCCCCGGCGGAGGAUUCGGCGGAGGCUUUAUCAAAGGGUCAAAGCUGUCUUACGAGUCCGGGAAAAAUCUCAGCUACAAGAAUCCAUCAGAGCAGCAUUGUCUUUCAAAGAUUUUUGAUUUUUUUGGUCCGGCGGACAAAUCGGCGGAGUCUUGUUUUUACCCUUCGAUAAAGCCUCCGCCGAAUCCUCCGCCGGGGAAAAAAGCACGAAAUUUUUGCCAUCUGUGCAUCGGAUGACAACAAAAAAUCACCCCAACCUCUUUUCCAACAUGAAUUGCAACAUCCGAAGGCCCAAAACAACGUCCGCCGAAAUCUGAAGUUUCCGCCGCGCCUCCGCGGUGCGCGUAAAAUCGAAAACAAAAAAAAUGCAUAUCGUAAAGUCGACGGAGGUGUAACGUAAACUUGAUUUCAGCCGUUGCAACGGCGUUUCCGCCAUGUAAUACGAUGUGAUUUUUAAAAAAGGCCCCAAUUUUCUCCGCCGAGAAAUGGGCCCUCCGCCGACGAAAAAAAAAUUUUUUUGAGAUUCUAAAAACGCACGCUGUCAAUUUUUAGAAGCAAAAAGAAAUUUGUUGAUAGCUGGAAAGAAAAAAAAGAUAUAAGCAAAUUAUUUGUUCCAAAUUUCUUGAAACACCCUGUACAAAGUCCAAUAUAAAUGCUGGUGUUAUGCAUUUAACACAAGACUGCCUAAAAUUAGCCAAAGCUUCUUGAACAGUUUUCCGAACCAAAGCUUGACGUUUCAGCAAUGCUUGACUCCUUUAUACACCACAACAACUUUAUCUAUGAUUACAAGACCUCUGGUAUUGGUCUAAUGGCCCUCGAGUUCUGCGACACCAUGAUCGCGGACAUUCGCUACCCCGAGUUCUCUCGACACUUGAUGAUGUCCAAGAACAACACACAUAAGCCGGUCAUUGACAAGAUUAUCCGAGAGAAUCAGCCCAAAAUAAGAGCGAUUUAUGACAGCUACAUCAAGAGGAAAUCUCAACACAAAUGCUCCAAAUUCCGAGUGGGAAAUCCGUUGAGUAGGUCGAGGGAAAUGAUGUCAAAAAAUAAAUUUCUAGAGCUAAAUUACUACUACGGUCUACUUAUCGUCUGUGGAGUUGCAAUGACAAUUGCGACGCUGAUCUUCUUCUGGGAAACGCUCUACCAGAGGUAUCAUUACUAUAGAAGAACAAAGAUUUCUAAAAAUAAUGGCUUCACUUUCAAAAAGAGCAUCUGGAUGGAGUCUUGGUAG